GCGAGCUUUCGAAUUUCUGGUCGCGCGAACAAAUUCAACGCUGUCGUCACCACCACACCCUUCUACAAUAAGAAAGGACCGCAUUAAACGUCUGCCUGGAACCGGCCUGACCAUCCACGAAAUCACGACGCCCCCCAUCCUCCCGAGCUCGAGCCAAAAAAAACCGCCAAGAUGGACUUCUCAGACUCAUUCCGCAUCGUCAACCUCGCGGUUGGCGUCAUCAUGAUCCUGGGCGGCAUCUCGCAGUACUUUUACGACACCAACGGAUUCCAAGGAGCCAUCCUCGGCUCGUACAUCAUCAUCUUUGGCCUCAUCACCGGCCUCCUCGAGUUCCAGAUCCCGCCCCAGGUCUCGCGCUACGCCUCUUUCCUCUUCUCCUUCAUCGGCCGCGGCAUCUUCUACGUCUUCGUCGGCUCCGUCCUCCUCUCCAACCACGCCCUGCGCAUCAUCGCCGGCUCCAUCGUCGGGCUCGUCGGUGUCGCCUACGUCGCCCUCGAGUUCGUCCCCUCCAUCGAGCCCCCGGCCAACAUGCGCGACGCCGACCAGGGCUGGGGCGCCGAGCAGGUCUAAAAAAUAUAUAUAUAAAGUUAGAGCAUUUGUCCGGACUGGGUGGAGGGGGUUCAGGUCAUCAGGCCUUGGCAGCAAUGGUAGCAGUGGCAGCGGUGGUCACUGCAUCUUUUUUUUUCAGGUUCACCACCCAGAAAAUCAAGCACCAACGAGUCUAUGACUGUAUUGUCUGGGGGAAGGAGGAAAAAGGGGCAAAAUGGGCGUGGCGCCAGGUUAAACGACAGCAUGGGGAACACGUCACGUUACGUUCAGGAAGCGGGUGGGACAGGAAAUGGAGAGCAGGUCAACGAGAGGCGGUUUUUAUAUAGGUAAAGCUGUAUUGUGUGAUGCUGGCGAUUUCAUCAUUUGUCUUCGAAGCACGAGCAUGUUUUUCUCCGCGCCUUACUUUGCCCUGUGUGGCCCGUCGCUGGAAUGGCUGUCGUGGAUCCCGAAUUGAG